AUGAGUCGCUCGGCUUCGGUGGACACUUUGGUCGAUAACGAUGAAGCGCUGGUUUUUCCAUCAAUAGGUCGCACUCCAUUCAGUCUACGGAGCUCUGUCAACGAAUCCAUCGGCAUUUUGUCGAAUUCUCCAGACUCAAGUGACUCACCCGCUUCUUUACGUCGAACUCGAUCAACUGCAACGCUCGGAGCCUCUCAGCAUCCAUCACGGGACGGUUCGGUAGCAUACUACAGACGAUUUGCCCGUUUCCCUUCGCAGGACAAGCCUUUCACAUGGAUGCCCUCUGGGAAGUUCACGUCAGAAUCAGGAAAGCAAAAAAUCAUCGAGUAUAUUCGAAGGUAUUGGAUAGACCGAACAACGACGAGGUUUACAGUCGAACAUAUAUGUGCCGUUCCUCUUCCUGGUAUUACCAGGCAUAAGUAUGCUGUAAGAUUCCACGCGGGACGUUACUCUUCUAUGAUUUAUUUUUCAAUCGACGUCUCCACUGUGUACAUCAAGAAUCCGGUCACAGUAACAUUCACGUUCCCUGAUUCUAAACGAACGCAUAAGCUUGACACACCACGAACGCAUUUCGAUGAGUUCCUUCGAAAACUUUAUCCGUACGGGAAGUAA